CAACGCUCUCAUGAUAUAUUUCUGACACGCGGACUACACGCGAGGGUGUUUAAUUCAAUGUAAAAUUAAAAUCAUUCCCCCCAACACCCUCAGCAUGUUCAGGAACCUUAUCAUCACCCUUCCAUCGUCGUUCAGUAUGAGUCUCUCUCUCUCUCUCUCUCUUUUUCUCUCUUUCUGUCUAUCUAUAUAUCUAUCUUCUGAAGAUACGCAGGAAAUGGGGUGUUUAAUGUUAGGUGGUCGAGUCUGACCCCUUGGUUCUACACGUUGUCGAUAGAGAGUCCAAGAGGAACGACAAAAUGGUUCAAGAGAGUAAGGGAGACAGAGAGAGAGAGAGAGAGAGAGCGAGAGACAAAGAGAGAGACGUAGGUAAAACACGGUUCCCCUCUUUUCGAACAAAUUGACGUGUCCGAGGAAGUGAUGGAAGGAUGGUACAAUGUGCUCGAACGUUUUACAAGCGAACCAAUGGGUUCUAUAUUAAACUAAAAGCUGAGCACGUCCGAGCUUGACCGAAGCCAACGUUGGUGUGUUCGUUCAGUCGUCUGGGGUUGUCCCUCGAUCAGUUAUUUCUCUGAAUCUUUUUUAAUCGGUACACCUCUAGAGUAACGUCAACAACGAACGUCCUUCUUAGUUUCUCGAUGAUCUCGAUGUCAUUAGAACGAAUUGAUUAAAACUUAGACUUUUAAACGGAGACUCGUUUAAAGAUAAAAGAAAAAUAAAAAAGAAAUAAAAAAAGAAAAAAAAAAGAAAUAAAUAAAAAGUUAUACUUCAAGAUCCAUAUCCUAAAGAUUUCGAUACGAUCUCUUGAGAACUUUCAAUUCGAGGGACGAAAAAGUUUGAACGAAGAGAGAGAGAGAGAGAGAGAGAAACGUCGGAAUUAUAUUAUCAUACGUAAUCGUCGUUGAACCUUCGUUUUGAAUUUGUAAACAUCAAAUUGGGAGGACAAAAUUUCCAAGAGAUUUUAACAUAGAUACUUGGACCGAUCAAUAGAAGAAUUCCAUUAAUAUUGAUCAUGAUUAAAGAAACAUUUCUCUUGCUUCUUUACGCAUCUUAUGACAUAGUUCUUUUUGUAGCUUCGGCAGCACAAUGUGGGAAAGUAUGGUUGACGGUCUCUUCCUUAUGCAAACCGAUCGCUGCCAGUGAUAAUGUCGUCGAUGCUGUAUUAGAAGUUAAUUGGGAAUUGGACUGUCCUACAAGUAAAGAAUACCCAGAUACCAUCAAGGUGUUCACUGAUGACCCAGUGCAUAACAAAACCAUCAGACCUAAAUUAAUCUUGUCCCCAUUGGAACAUCCAAGAGGAUAUUAUCGAACUAAUAUUACGGUAGGUCGACCUCCAUUACCAGGUGGAUGGGAUACUCGAGAUGGUGCUACACUUCCUGGUCCACAUUGCUUGAAACAUCAUGUUGCUCUUUACAAGGACGGUGAUCUUUGUAUGAGCUCUUGUUUAAGAAUUUGGCCAACUUGGAUGUACGACUUGAGAAGACAACUUGGGAGACUACCAAUUGGCAGCCUGAUGAUACCCGGAACACAUAACUCAGGUUGUUACGAACAUGUUGAUUUGACUAGAAGAGUUUUCCAAAGUUAUUUGCUAACUCAGGAUCGUGAUGUUUGGACACAAUUGGUACAUGGAAUACGUUAUCUCGAUAUCAGAGUUGGUUAUUAUCCUUCAAAACCAAACGCUACGGAACACGAUGAGGAAAGUAAAAACAUCACUAGGUUUUGGGUGAAUCACGAUACGUCGAGAAUAACACCACUCUCGCCUAUCAUCAAGGACGUUCGAAAUUUUUUAGACGUUGCCAGGGGAGAAGUUGUUAUAAUGGAUUUUCAUAGAUUUCCUGUUGGCUUUGUCGAUAGCCCAAGUAUACAUCGUGGAUUUGCAACGAUUUUACAUCGAGAAUUUGGCGAUCUGAUCUUGAAACCUGACAAAGGUGUCCUUGGUCUUGGACCAACCCUCAAUGAUAUUUGGACCGGUGGUGGACGAUUGAUCAUUUGUUAUAGUGACAAACAUACGGUGAAUGAUUACGAGUGGCUCUGGCCGUCAUUAUCUCAAGCCUGGGGUAAUCAGCAAACAGUGAAAGGUCUAUUUAAAUAUUUGGACGAUGUAAUAAUGGGUCCUAAAAUAUCUAAGAAUAGUCCAAAUCCAUUGUGGGUUGUCAUGGCGGAACUGACGCCUUUCCCAUUGGAUGUCAUUUUCGAGCCGGCCGGUGGAUUACGCGAAAUGGCCGACUUAGUAAAUAGAAAUCUGACGGUGAGGUUUCAAGAGAAAUGGUGGAAAGAGACAAACAUCGUAGCCACCGAUUUUUUCCUUGGGAAUAAUCUAAUAGAUGUUUCUAUACAAUCGAACAUCAAGAAAAGUAACAUCGCACAGUGGCGUUCGUGAGAUAUGUUUUUUUUUUGUUUUAAUAUAAUGCAUAUCAAGAAAUUUCAAACGUCCAUUAAUAAUUAUGAGUUUCACACAAGACAAUAUUCAUCUAUCAAAGGAAAAGUGUCUUCGUUAGCAAUAAUAUCACUGAUAUCGCAGAUAACGUUGUGCAGUGAUAAGUUUUAAAUCAUUGAUCGUAACCUUUGUGAAAUAAUUUAUCCUUGGUUGAAAUUUAAUCGUGUGAUAAUCCUGAUCGUGUUCAGAUCGGAUUUUGUGUAUAUCGACGAAAACGAAAACAAAAACAAAAACAAAAAAAAAAUCACGUUAUUACUCUCGAAUAUCUGAACAAUGAAAAUUAUGGAAAAAAAAGAAAACGAAAAAAAAAUAUAAGCUGUAUUUAUCAAUUCAAUUGUCAGAAUAAAAACGUAAUGUUUGUCGAA